GGAGGUAGUGGGUGGGCUCAUGACAGAUAAGGGGUGCCGCUUCCCCGAGUGACGUUUCCCGUCUCCCGAGAAUUAAAACAACCGUUGGUCCGCGGGAACGGUAGCUCCCCGCAGCCAGUCGGAAAUCCGUUUGAUAACUAACAGACACCGCUCUCUAGCUUAGCUCGCAGCCCCGCAUAGCUGUACUCAGACCGGAGUUAAAGGAAGGAGCAGAAGCGGUCUGUAAAGAGCAGGCUGAGUCACUACUGGUGAGGAGGAAGGUCUGGAGAGGGAACGUGAGAAGAGGAGGAGGUGGAGGAGGUGGGGAAGACGACGAAGAAGAAGAAGACGGAGAAGAAGAGAGGGAGAUAAGCCACGACAGGAAGCAAAACGACACACGCACACUCAGACGUACACACCGCUUGUUUACGUGCGUGUGUGUCUGCGUCUGACGGAGAGAGAGAGAGAGAGAGGCUGCGCGAGUUAGAGGGUGAACGGGAAAGGAAGGAAGGGAGGGAGAGUGACGCGGAGGCUGGGAGAGCCGCCCCCCCCACCACCCUGCUCCUCUCCCUCACUUUCUCCUCUCCUCUCCUCCCCUCCCUCUCUGGCUGUGUGGAGCAGGCGUGUAACGGCAUCAGACUCGGCGUGAAGGAACCAUGAGCGAUGUCACCAUCGUUAGAGAGGGAUGGCUCCAGAAAAGGGGUGAAUACAUAAAGAACUGGCGACCACGUUACUUCCUGCUGAAGACAGACGGCUCCUUCAUCGGCUACAAAGAGAAACCUCAGGAUGCAGACCUCCCUUAUCCACUAAAUAACUUUUCAGUAGCAAAAUGCCAGCUGAUGAAGACAGAGAGACCAAAGCCCAACACCUUCAUCAUCCGCUGCCUUCAGUGGACCACUGUAAUCGAGAGGACCUUCCAUGUGGACUCGCCUGAUGAACGGGAUGAGUGGACAGAGGCCAUCCAGACGGUGGCCGACAAGCUCCAGAGACAAGAGGAGGAGAGGAUCCAGUGCAGCCCCACCUCCAACAUCGACAACAUGGUGGAGGAGGAGAUGGACAUCUCUACUACACACCACAAACGCAAGACAAUGAGUGACUUUGACUACCUGAAGCUACUGGGAAAGGGAACCUUUGGUAAAGUCAUUCUUGUCCGGGAAAAGGCCAGCGGGAAGUAUUACGCCAUGAAAAUCCUUAAAAAAGAAGUCAUCAUAGCCAAGGAUGAAGUUGCUCACACACUCACAGAGAGCAGAGUACUGAAAAACACCAGGCACCCUUUCCUCACUUCUCUGAAGUAUUCGUUCCAGACUAAAGACCGUCUCUGUUUUGUCAUGGAAUAUGUGAAUGGAGGGGAGCUGUUUUUCCAUUUGUCCAGAGAGCGAGUCUUCUCCGAGGACCGGACGCGCUUCUACGGCGCCGAGAUCGUUUCCGCUCUCAACUACCUGCACUCGGCGAAGAUCGUGUACCGGGACCUCAAGUUGGAAAACCUGAUGCUGGACAAAGACGGCCACAUGAAGAUCACAGAUUUUGGACUGUGCAAGGAAGGCAUCACCGAUGCUGCUACAAUGAAGACCUUCUGUGGAACACCAGAGUACCUCGCGCCAGAGGUCCUGGAGGAUAACGACUACGGGCGGGCGGUGGACUGGUGGGGUCUGGGCGUGGUGACGUACGAGAUGAUGUGCGGCCGGCUGCCGUUCUACAACCAGGACCACGAGAAGCUGUUCGAGCUCAUCCUCAUGGAGGACAUCAAGUUCCCGCGCACGCUGUCGGCCGACGCCAAGUCGCUGCUGUCCGGCCUGCUCAUCAAAGACCCAAACAAGAGGCUAGGGGGAGGACCAGAUGAUGCUAAAGAAAUAAUGAGGCACAGUUUCUUCUCUGGCAUUGACUGGCAGGAUGUUUACGACAAAAAGCUCGUCCCUCCCUUCAAGCCUCAGGUGACGUCGGAGACAGACACCAGGUACUUCGAUGAGGAGUUCACAGCUCAGACCAUCACCAUCACCCCACCAGAGAAAUUCGAUGAGGACGGGAUGGACUGUCUGGACAACGAGAGGCGACCGCACUUCCCGCAGUUCUCAUACUCGGCCAGCGGACGAGAAUGACCUGUCGAUCACGGUGACAUCGUCACAGCUGGUCUCUGAGGCCGCCAGCGUGGGACACAAAGACCCAACAGCUUGGGACCGACCCACACUUGAAGGAUUUUGCCCUUCUCCUCCAUUCCUUCUCUCUUCAGUCCGCUUCUUAGUUUAUUUAUUCGUUCAUCUUUUUUUUUUUUUGUGAAUCUCUUCGGAGAUUAAAACCCUAAGGCAAAAUUAGAGUUUACUCCUGCACUCCGAACUGUGACGCGAUCAGUUGAUUUUUAACGACCCUUUAACGAGACGAGCUUCACCAGCGUCCUGCUGUGCUUUGACACCUGUCGUCCCCAGACAAGCUCUAAAAACAUGCAAACUCUCUCAGAUAUUAGCCGACGCGUUUUCAGGUAGUACAGCGUUAUAAGUUGUUGAAACCCAAACUGCCAUAGCAGGUUGUAUCUCAGGCUUUUGCAAACACAAAUGGACGUUUGUGUCUUUGCUGCACGUCGUCAGUUCAGUGAUUCUGGGAUGGACUGAGCAGCCUUCAUCAGUGAGUGGGAUCCUACAAUCCUCAUGUUGUCAAGCAGGAUUCGACUCAGGUGCUGCUCAGUGCAAGUCAUGUCGUUGCUGCUAUUUCAACUACAGGUACUACUACUCCUACCACUGCUCUUCUACUGCUACUACUGAAACCCGGUGCUACACUUCUAGCUAAUCGCUGAUCGUAACCAAGGCGCCAGCAAAACUCCCGUACUACCAUCUAUGCUCGUACAGCUGCUACCUUACUCUGCUGCUCUUAAAUGUCAUCUCUGAGGUUUCAACCGACGAUAGCAUCCGUGGUCCUCCGUGAGUGCGUGUGCUUGUGUCUACGGUCCUGUCACGAUGGACUCGUCAUUAAGGACGCACCUCAAAGCACAGCAGUUUAAGCAGAUGAAGCUCCAACGAAUAAAACUAGCUUUACUACACCGCCCACAGCGCAGUGGAAGUGGAAGUUUAAGGAAAUCAGUUGGUUUGAAUGUUUCCCCCAAGUUUUUCCUUUUCUUUAGUUUUUUUUAUUUAUUUAAAUCUCCAAAAGUAAAAACCUAACUGAAACGGUACCUUGUUUAAACGAGAAAAAGCUUUACUGUGACACGCGGUUAUCACGGCUUUUGGGAUCCACGCAGCUGUACCUCUUGGUGUUGAGUUGGAAAAACAAAGACCAGAAUGUCAGACAGGAAAGGGACUGUUAUAAGAAGCGAUGAGGUAAAUAACCUCUAAGGAAAAAAAAAAGAAAUGCAAUAUUAAUGAUUUAUAAUGUGAUCACUUAUGAUGUAGUGAGGUAACAGCUUAUCUACUGUUUUCUGCAAGUUUCUUAAAAAGGGUUUUAAAACAACACGGUCUGUGAGGAAGUAAAGAAGCAGAUGUGAGUUUACAAGAAUCACAGCAAUUGCUAUAAUAUAUAUAUAUAUGUUCUAUUUAUUGCUCUACACAUUGGUUUUAUAUUUAACCUUUUCUAUUGUUAUUACAUUAUUAAAAAAAAGUAUAUUGUUAUUUCUUAAGAUUGAGAAAAAUAUUGCACCUCAAGAAACAAAAAUGGCUUAAGAAUGUAGGAGGGAAAGCAGAUAGCCUUCCUGCUCCAUUUCUUUAUUUUUAUUUUAGAUUUUGUGUUGUUUUGUGACCAAAAUGUGACAGCUGGAGGCGACAGCAAACACUGAUAAUUUAUUGGUUAAAUGUCAACAAAACCUGAAUGUUCCUGAUAUUUAAUGUCAACCCAGAUGUGUUUUUGGUGAUGAUUGCGGUAGAGUACAGAGAGGAAGGUGAAGUGGAAGUGGAACAGAGGGAGAAUGAGGAAGGCUCUAAAUUCAGAGCGUGGAGGAUGAACUGUAAGUUUGUUGAGAAAAGAGUUGAGUCUGUUUUUUAGCCUGUAAGGUAGGGAUGCACCGAGAAGUCGGCUCGUGAACGGAAUCAGACGAUUUUCGGCCGACUCGAACUCAAAAAUCCAAUUUCUUUCCAAACAACGCACAAUGCCUAAUGACAAUACUCUUCAUGUGGAGGUUUUUACUGAAAGAAGGCUCAAAGUUAGCUAUUGUCAGGUGAGACAUUUAAAAGAAAAUCAGAGGAAGCCCAUGAGAUGUCAAAUGAAGCUGUAGGUUCUACGACAUGUUGAGACAUGUCUGCGGUUCAGUCCUGCUGCUACAACAGAGAGCUAGACCUCGGCGGUGCCGGUCAUAAUGCUUUGUCACCUUUUUGUACCUGAAAGUCAGCCACAAAACAACUAAAUAGAGCCACCAACCCGUGUUGAAUGAACUGACAAAAGAGCAAAUUGAGUUGGACCUGAUGGUAGUACCAGGGUGUAAAAUAUUCAUGAAGAGUCCUAAAUUUAAUCAUCUCCAUUUUAGAUCUUUAAAAAAGGUCUCAAGACCUCUAAAAUGUGUAUGUUGUUGAUCUGUUUGAGUUAUGACACUGUAACAACAACAGCUCAGCUAGUCACCUCUAACCCUACAGAUUUUGCUCCUGAAACUGGCUUAUUGUGGUUUUAGGGGAUUGAUGUCAAACUCUUCACUACCAUCUCCUUUGUUAUGGGAAAUGUAUUUUUAACAAGGCUUGGCUUAAAAACAGGGAUUUUAGGAGUGGACUAAAGCAUGUAGUCCAAAACAAAUUGGGAAAGUGUAAAACUUUUAAUUUAAAUACUUACAAACCAUGACAGUGUCGUCUUUCUCUAGUUAAGAGAGAUUAUGCUUUACUAAUGCUAAUAUGACAAGAUGAAGUCAGUUUAAGAUCUGAACUUUUUGGCUUUUGUUUAAUCAGUAAAAUCAUGUUUUGCAGAAAAUGUGCUCUCACCCACGGUGAGACGAUGUCUCUGCUCCUAACAUAAAUGUUGGCUGCACUAAAGCUGGAAGGAAAUAUCCUGAACACUGGUAUCUGUAGUUCUAAAGAGAAACCCGCCACAAACCUCUCGGUGCAUGUCUAGCUGAAUGAUCAUCAUAGUUGUGUCCCGUUGGCUAACCGAUCCCUGCCCUCUGCUGUCGUUUCUCCGGUCUGGGCUCCGUGUUUGCAAUCGUUUCAUCGCCGUGUCCUCCAGACACACCAGGUUUAAGAAAUUGCCCUCGAUCUCUACGUCUCCAUACGCUGUUAGGUAAGCCUUACGGUUUCACUUCAUCACAAGGUCAAAAAGAAAAAUCUAGCUUCUGUCAAAGAAAACCUGUCGUGUUUUAGCAUCUGGCUUACACACACAGAGUAUUGGGGGAUGUGCUCUAUCGAGAAAACUGUAUUCCAGUAUAUUUAUUAUUUGAAUGUCUUUGGAUAACUUGAAUUUGUUUUCUAUUUAAUUUAUUUGUUGUCUUUUUGUUUUGGGCCUUUAGCUGUAAGGCGGGGUUGUAGUCAAGUUUAAACAGUCUUGUUUUGUUCAGAAAUUAAAUGUUUUCUUUUUUUUUUUUUAAGAUAUGUCUUAUACAACUUCUUACCUGUUUUUACGCUGCUCUUAAGUCCAUAUGCUUUACUGUUGCACUACCAUUAAACUGCAAAUAGCUAGCAAAACCGCUUUACGGCAGAAAUGUUCAAAAAAAGGACAGCACUGGCCUGCAUGCUGUUGUUCUCCUCAGUCCAUCAGGGCCUGAGUCUUAAGCUCAGAACGCCGACAAAAAAUACUUGUGUGUGAUCGACAGGGCCUGUCUGGUGCCGCCGAGGCAAGUCCAAAUCCCACCCAGCUGGCACCCCUGACAGGCUCCACGAAGUGCUCUCAAGUAUUUGGAAGGAUUUCAGCUUUGAUUUGACUCAGGUCGGCGAGCGGCUGAGGAGUUCUAGCUGAAUGAUCACAUGUUACGCCAAACCCAUUAGGAACCAGAGUUCAUGAAAUACAGCUUUGUAGCUUUGGGCACAGCACUUUCGCAUCCAUCACUUUUGAUACGAUUCAGAGGAAUUUGAUUCAGCCCUGCUUUAAAGCAAGAUUUUUAGCUUUUUUAUGUUUUUAAAGAAAAAUAAUGAUGAAAUCUCCAGAUAAAACCAUUGGCUUGAUGUCUAGAUUUGACAGACGUGGCUGAAGCGUCCUGCAGUCAGCUGUCACUACAGAGCUGUGGCACAGAGGGAAAGUUUAGAAACGUUGCUGAAACUGGUCGAUCACUGAUUGCACUGAGAAGUCUUUCUUCCAGUGAGCCUCCAACCCUCCUUGUUCAGGCGGAUACUGGGUCAGACAACAAAGAAGCUGACGUUUUCUUCUGUAAAUGAUCUGAGGUGGCGAAGCUUACUUAUUAAUCUUAAUCGGCGUGGGGUUUUCCAGGACCGACAGUGAAUCAGAUGUCUCAGAAAGUCAGUUUCUGGUCUCCUCACAGCUUUACAGGAUCCCUCAUCAUCGUACUAAGCAGCGUGUGAAAUCUGGGACGCUGCUGCUGCUGCUUGUACCUUACAUCUACAACGCUCCAGAUCCGACUCCAGUUGUGUUUCAGCUGCUGCGUGUUCAUCUCAUUUGUUGACAUCGGCCAAAAAUCACCCAAAGCUCUGUGCGCUGCUGUGAAAUAAACGGGCUCAUGUUUGAACAGCUUUCUGAAGAGAAGAGACUUCAAUUCUGCAGCAGAUUCCUCCCCUUCUCCAGUUUACCUCUGUCGACCUAAAUAUUAACAGCAACAAGCAUGAGAUUCAUUUAUUUAUUUAGAAACAGCAAACAUGUAAAAAUAUUUCAACGCCAUGUCCAUUAUAUGCUGUAGCUGAAUGGUGAUGAGACGCCUCUGGAAAACGAAAGGGCCACGUUUCUCUGCAGCACUGAACCACUCUGCUCUGAGAGAUGAUGUUUGAAACCACAGCAGAGUAAAUCAAACAGCCUUUAUGUCCUUCAUACUGUCAGGAUGCAGUGGUAUGGCCCUGAGAGGCCACAAGGAUGAGAAAACAUUACCAUCAACAUGGAGCUGUUUUUUUAUUCUGUAUAUCCUUAGUAUUUUUACACAUAAGAUGUAUAAGAUAGGGAUGCACAUUAUUUUCCUUCUUACAGACAGCUUCAAUAAAGCACUAUGUCAAUCUGC